AUGUCAUCUGCUAGGAAAAUUGCUGCUUAUUUGGAUAGAAAGCAAACUCUUACUCAACAAUAUCUCAGUUUGAAAGAUGCCUUUAAAGGUGAAGAAGAUUACGCCGGAUUAGUCAAUGUGUUUAACAUGUUGAAGCAUUUAGAUGAAUUAGUAUAUGAGUUUCAGGUUUAUAAAUCCUAUAUUGAAACAUCUAAGAAACCAUUAACCAAAGCUGAGAAGGAUGAAAUGGCAGAAAUUGAGGAGUUGAUCAAGAUAGCAGAGGAUGAUACAAGUCUUGCAUAUCUAACUGAGAAUGCAUCAAGAUUAGCAAUUGUGCGAAGGGAAUUGUUUGAAAAUGCAAAAGAAGGUGGUAGAUUGAUUCAAGGAAGUAAUUUUGAUUCAGGCAACCUGGUCACUUUAAAAUCUGAACCACGUAAUGCAAUUGUUCGUACCAAGAUUGCUGUUCCACCCUCUAGUAAUGAAGUAUUACCACUGCCAAGAGGAAUGAUCUGGUCUAAAAGAGCUACCCAAAUUGUAUUUGAAGCCAGUAAUGUUGAUUCACCGUUCAUCAAAGACAAAGUCCAAUAUAUUAGCUCACAUAUCCGAGACGAGUUUCAUCGCAAUUGUUCAAAUCAUUUUGCCAGGUAUUUGUUGUUGCACUAUAUUGACGGUGAGGGGUAUGGUUUCAGAGAAGCCUUUGAUGAAGCUUAUUUAAAACAUCCAAAUCAUCCUAGUAUAGAAAAACAAGCUGAGCUUAUCCAGAAUGAGUUGAAAUUAAAUAAAGAUCCAUCAACUCCACCGGUCCCAGAAUAUGCUGUUACUUGCGGUAUAUGGCUUCGUGAAAUAUUCCAAAGAACAUAUGGAAGCAUAACUGAACCUCCAGAAAAUUACCAAUAG